AUGCAGGCCGAGCCUUCUCACACACCACACGCCGGCUUGGCUGCAAGUGGCGUCGUACCGGGACCAUCCAACCAGAUCACAUCACCCUACUUGGCUGCGGCACCAGCUGGCCUCUUUGCGUCCCCAUCUCAGUCUGCGCUCUUUGACCCAUCGAAUCAGACCCAGUCUCAGCACCCUCAGCACCAGCAGCCUCAGUCUGCAUUCGCUCAUCCCAGCGGCUCCUUCCAGCAUCCUGCUGCUUCACCUCAGGACGCUGUCUACCGCGUACCUGCCGUUCCACGCUCGGCGCAUUUGGUCGACUACAGCAACUCGUACCCACAGCUCGACUCGCACAUGCAGCCUCAACAGCCACCCCAUUCGGUGCCAUACAACCAGCACCUCUACGCAUCCACCUCCUACUCGGCAUUGGCUGGUCCAAACCCUGUGGCUGGAUUUGCACCCGAGCUUUCACCGCACGCAUACACGCACUCCGACUUGGCCAUGAUGCAGCAGUCCAACAUGGGCGUCCCUAUGAUGCGAUACGGCUCUUUUGCCAUGGCUGGCGACGACAUGUCGCGAGCAAGCUCUUCCGGCACUCCCGGUCCCAUGACGCAGCAGGACAUCGACAACCUGCUUGCCAUGUCGCGCGCGCAGGCAGGCACUUUUGGCGACGUCACUGCAUUCCCUUGCACCUAUUGCGACAAGGUAUAUACCGGCAAGCAUGCACGCAGCAUCUGGCGUCGUCAUCUUCAGGACAAGCACAACAUUCCCCUCAGCGCUCAGCCUCGCCGCACACGCUGGGAUGGCGACGUGAACCGUCCCAAGAAUGCAGAGGAGCGUCGUGCGCGGAUGCUCGAGAGCAAACGUCGAUGGGCCCGGAAGAAGCGUCUGCAAGAGAAGCAAGCCGCUAUGGGUGGCACUCCUCUGCCGGACGACUCGGAUGACGAAGGCGGUGAUGACGGCGACGACAGCGCCGAUGCCGAUGUUUCGAGCAUGUCGAUGAGCUUCUCGCGCAGCACCAAUGGCGACGACUCUCUGUCGAUGCCUCAAGGCCAAGCUGAGGCCAACAGGAGAGCUUCCAUGACUGCGCAAUGGGAGGUGUCCCCUCAUGCUCAGUUCUUUGCUUCUCAAGACGGAUCUGGACGUCCUGUCAAGCGACAGGCACUGGGCCCUUCGACCGCACAUAACGUCUCUGGUCCCAGCUCGAUGCCGAUGCAAUACCCAAUGCAGCCUCAGGCGGCUCCAUUCGGCGCUCAGGAGAUGGGCCCUGGCGGCCUCCCUUACUCGAGCUCCCCAAUGCGUCGAGGCGGACUCCCUCUCGCUUCUAUGCCGCAGCAAGGUACGAACUUGGCCAUCCCUUCCAAUGCCAAUGCGAGCUUCAGCUCCAACAGCAGCGACUAUUCGCAGCCUGGCUCCGCCAGCUUCUUCAAUGACAGCUUUGCCGGCAACAUCAGCAGCGCCGGCAGCGACACUGCCAACACUUCGAUCGACGCACCCGCCACCACUUGGCCUGCACUGCCUCCGCUCGACGGUCCCACGGACAAGGCUGCGAUCGCUCAAACUGUAGAAGGUGUCGCGUCGGCGGACGCACAGCCUCGCGCGCCCAAGGGUGACACCCGUGACGCCGCGAUUCAGCUGUUGGCGCUUCGCUCCGGAUCCAACUCGCCUGCCGAUGACCGCGAGAUGAGCCUGAAGCGGAGGGACGCGAUCGAGGACGCGCCUUGGAGCUCGACGCCGAGCCGAGGCAAGGUCGCCUCUGCGCACGCAGCUCUCAAUGCUCUCUCGUGCUCGUCGACCGCCGACGGUGGCCGCAAGGCUGGUGCGCUGGACGAUCUGGCACUCAGCCCUUCGCCCGUCUCCCGCGCGCUGGCCUCGGGCGCCAACUCGGUGCGUGCCAUGCCCGUCACCACACCUGGCCCGGCCAAUCGCGCAGGCGACAACCCCUUCAGCCUGGACAAGCACAAGAUCUCGCCUUACGAAGGUCGACGCAAGCUCAGCUACUCUGGCGCUCCCGCCUCGCCCACCACUUCGCCGACGCAUCUCACCUUCAACGCGAGCAAGGGUGUUGCUGCUGCUGGCACCGCUUCGACCGCCGCGCUGGGAGUCAAGCUUGCGCCGCUGGUCAGCACGCCCAUCCGCCCAUCCCAGGGGGCUGUCGCCGACGAGGUCGCAGAGCGCAUCAAAGCCGAAGGUCUACCACCCCUCCUCGCGUCGACCAAGAAGACUGGCGGUGCACCGAUCAUGUCGACUCCAUUCUCGAAGCCCAUGUCUGGUCUAGGCUACUCUGCUUUGCGCCACGGCACCGCUACCGCCGCUUCCACCGCACACAUGGCCAACCUCGCCAGCGCCAAGCGUCCCACACCCUCCCGUCACCGAUCCGACGACCAAUUCAGCUCGCCGCAGCACCUCAAUCUCACCGAGUCGCUCGGGUUGGCACCACACUCGAUCUCGCGCACCUCGUCGUACGCCGGCUACGGCUCGUCGCUCGGUCUCACGCCCAGUGUGGCGCACAUGACGGGCGGGUUGAUUUCGGGUACGCCGUUCCAUUCUGGCCUGGGGGCGUUGAGUGGGCUGGGUGGGUUUACACCGUUGUCUACGGCAAAGGGUGCGGGUUUCUGGCCCGAGUCGUCGCGCAAGUCGGGACUUCUGAGCGCGGGCGUGGUGGGAAACUCGCCGACGGUUUACAAGAGCUCGCAGACUUCUGUGCGCAGUGGUGGUGCGAGCAGGCCUAAGAGUCGGACGGCCAGCCCGGCGCUCGGUGGCAAGGGGGAUAUUUUCGAUGCGGACUAUAGGAAGGAGGGCCCGAGCAGCGACGACACGUUCGACGAUGACGAUGACGAGAAUGCGAUCGGUGCGCUGGAUACGCCUAGUCGACCGGCGGCGAUGAGGGGGUUGGCGAGGACCAAGAGCGCCAAGGAGCAGCAGAUGGGUUCGACUGCCAAGAGGUCCCCCUUGCGAGGCAUUCGGGUCAACCAGUAG